CUGUUCCAGAUUGUGCUGACUCACAUUCAAGAAAAAAUGAUACACAGACACAACGCACUGUAACUUUUUUCCUUUCCCCCAGUAACCUCGAAAGUUUCUGUAGCUCAUGCACUAAAUGGCUGAGACAGUAGCUGUAAUACCAACAGAUGAAGAGGAGAUCCAAAAUAAUAGUGAUGAUGAAGAUCGAUUUCUGAAUCAUGAUACUGUUACUGCGUCCCUUGGUUGCUCUGCCAGCCCUUCGUUAGCCAGCCUUAAUGAAGACAGGGGAAGCGCAACGAUGCCAGAAAGACUGUCUGUCCUCUCCAGCAAGGCCAUGGCCCAGCUAAAAGCCCUGACUGGCCCAGAGAUGGUUAGUGGUGGCCAGGCCCAGAGGACAGCCUCUGAGUUGGCUGAGCAUCAUCUGACAGAUGUAGAUGUAUCAUUAGCUGGCUUGUUGUAUCCUGUGGUAGUUGGUAACUUGCAGUCCGUGGACAUUGCCUCCCUGUGCUCCAAAAGCUCCAGUUCAGAAGUGCUGCAGGUCCCAGGGGUGCUCUGUGAGGCUGGCGAACCCCCACAGGCUGGGACUGACCAAAAGGACUGCUACACACAGCAGGCAGAGAGUGGCACCAGUGGUAAUACAGCCUCUUGUAGUCUGGGCCAUGUGAUUUGGAUGAAGACCACAACAGUAAUGGAGACCUUAGAAAAUAAGAAACAAGAGGAAAAGGAGAAAUAUCGGCUCCAGCUAGCUAUGUACCGACGGCUUCUGUUGUUGCGCUCCAUCAGGAGUUUGCAUAGGCAGCUGGAGCAGCAGCAGGCCAGGUUGCAGGAAUGCUAUGGCACAGUAAUAAAUACCAAGAAAGAAGUGUUGAAACACAUUUGCUCAGCCUCGCCCUCACCUUCACCGUAAUCGUGUUGCUGCAUGCAAAAAUGAGCUUUGCAAUGCCACCAGAGCUGCCAGCAAGCUUGCAUGCUACAGGGGUGGUGUCCUCAUACCCAAGGGUAUGCGCCCAUGUGCACUCAAAAUACAGAGGAAACAGCAAUAGCAGCAGAGCAAGAAGAGAUGAGAGAAGGUAAAGUGUGGGCCCCUGAAUUUAUUUGGAGGAAACCAGAGUAAGAUUGAACUUGUGCGAGAAGUUGACUCCUGAUGCACACUCAAAGCCUCAAGCUGAAAUAGGAUUUUUUUGGCAUAUAGGUUCGUAAAAAGAAAAAAAUCAUCACAAAACUGGGAACCUAGUCCGACAACUGAUUCAUAAAGGUGGUCAGAUGCAGGGUUGCUGCAUGCUGAAUAUGUGAUAUGAUGCAUCUCCCUUCUACUUUCAGUGUUAACAAAAUUUGAAGAGAA